UGUGCGCACGCUCGCGCAUGCGAGAGAGAGAGAGAGCGCACAAGCGAGAAACUGCAUUCAUUUCGGCUCAGCGCGCGGAGCCGCUCUUUCGUCGACUUGCAUUCGAUCUCGUUCCAAAAUGGCCGACCACGGCGAUGCAGUUUCACCGGCAUGUUCCUCUAGCGCUACGCGCUCGAGCCAACGUCAGAGCCUCGAUUGAAAAGAAAAACACAUUUAUCCUCUCUGACUCACUGAAAUGAAUUUAACCCCUGCGUCACCCUUCACCGCGGCGAGAGAGGAGCGGGGCAUCGCCGACACUCUUCGAAACUAAAGAGACAUGGGAACACUGCAGUGAAAGCUGAUGGCUUAAAGUGGCGUCAGGUGCAGGGGUGUCCGGGGAGCGUCACGAGGGAAUGGACCCCACUGAUGCGCGCCUGCUCAACAUGUGAGCUUUUCAUUCAUGAGAGAAUGUCCUUAGUCACCAUUUGGUGCUCGCGGACAUAGCACGUUUGGUAUUAGUUAUUAACGGAGCAUUUAAUCCGUUAAUUGCGAUUUUGUCUGGGAAUGAUUGCGACAUCUGUGCGCCAUCAGCAUGGGUGUUAUUUAACGGUGACACUGCGUGGACAGAAGCGCGUGGACGCUGCGCCGUAUUGCGCGUCUCAGCUGUUUUAAAGCGCUGAUCGCACAAAGCGGCAAAAAACUCGAAAGGCAUUGGAUACAUCCUGCAGCAGGGAUUGUACUUCUCUUUGUUUUAUACUAUUAAAGAGGACGGCCGAAUGUAAGUGCUUUGAAAAUCACUGACAAUUGAUUUAAACGGCUUGAUGUGAGUGUCGCGACGCACUGUGGAUAUAUCGCGUCUCAUCGCAGCAGCUGUACGCGUUGAAGACGCGAUUGUUUUCAAGGACUCCUCUCGUGAGUAAAACACAUACGUGUGCAUGAAACGCUAUAUAUAGGGCGGAUAUUUGGGUUCAUAAUGCUAAAAUGAGUUGUUGUGUAACACUAAUGAAACAUCGUUUCGAAAAAGAAGAAAACGGAGACAAGGCAUGAUAUGGGCUGUGAAAUAACCGAAUAUUGGCCUGAACGCACUUCACAAACUUAAAAUGCAUCGGUCGAGGGAAAUCUUAUUCCUAGCAAUGGCAUGGUCUUGAAAUGCGUCUAUGAAAGGAAGCUACAUUAAUGGCUUGAAUAGAGAACAAGCUAUUGUAAUGAGGGUGAAAAGAAGAGAUGAACUGGGUUGUUCUGGAAGACAUGCGCACACCUCCCAGAAGCCAAUUUAGUAUUGCAGGGGAUUUAUUAGAACAACUUGGGUCCCACUCCCUGCCUUUACAUCUCCAUCGCCUCUGGAUGGGAUGACUUCUGAAGAAAAUGUCUCCCCAACACUUGUGAGUCAUGAAUAGACCACAGCUAGAGAAGAGCUUCACAUUUGAUGUUCAAAUAUACAGAAAACAAGAAGCCACACAUCGCCAAGAUGGAUGGAAAGGAAAUCAGCUCUCCUAGACUCGUGGAUAUUUGCUGACUUGGCUUUUUCUGCUUGUCUUUGCCGUUCUAUGGACUACAGGCAAAAUGAUACUGUGAGCGUUGGCUGUUCUGUGACUGCCGAUUUUGGUUUUCGUUCAUUUUUAUUACUCUGUGGGAGGAAAAUUGAAGCAUAGAUGUCACUUUUGUUUUGCUCAUUGAUGUUGUUGCUGGCAGACUGACUGAUUAAAUUUUGAACUUUCAGAAGGAAAAUGUUAUUCGUUUCUGCAAACCAGCUUUGAUCUUCGUUCAGUGACUCCAUGGUGGCAGAGGAAAGAUGGCACACUUGACAAAAGAUUAGGAAUUCACAUUUUACAUCCGCACACUGACAAACGUACGCACACACAUGCUCACACUCAUCGUAAAACACAAGCCGACAAAUCUUCCCAUUAUGGAAUUCUGCCAUUACCUAAAUCCAGUACUGUGACUUCCAAAGCUGUUUUUGACUUUGAGAGCAUCUCUGGUUGAAAGUGACACCGGUUCUGCUCUGCUUACCCUACUCUAACACCAGCACAUUUUUGUCUCUCCCCCCCACCCGUGUCACGUGGGGGGGAGGGCUUGCACCUGCAGGGUGAUCCCAGAAGAGUUCACCUCUCAGCCCAGCAGACAGUGACUGUCACGCGGAUCUUUCAGCAUGGAUGCUGGGCAGGGUACCCCGGAGAGCCCUAACCGGGCGGUGGAGUACCUGCUGGAGCUCAACAACAUCAUUGAGAGCCAACAGAAACUUUUGGAAACACAGCGGCGCCGCAUCGAGGAGCUGGAAGUUCAACUGGACCGACUCAGCCAGGAGAACAAGGACCUGCGGCUGGACCGCCAGCCGUUCCCUCCCCCGCCUCCGCCUCCCAUUCACCCCACCCAGACUCCCACAUCCCAUGCACACGCAUCCACCCACAUCUACGCCAAUCAGACUCACAACAGCGGGCCCAUCCCGAUCCCCAUCCCGGCUCCAGCGCCUCCACCACCUCCUCCACCGGUCCCGCCACGGGACCGUAGAGUCAGUGCCAAUACACACACAAGGCUCGGCCAAAGCCUGUCUGGACCCAAUGCCACGGAGCGAGAGAGGGACCGAGACAGGGAAAGGGAGAGAGAUGGUGCCCCUAGCAGUUUGGGAAGCUCACUGCAGAAACAACCAGAUGGACACUCCUCCAACAAAGACAGUGUGGAAGAUCGUCAGUGUCCUGACACGGUUAGCUUUUCCGACAGCUCCUGCAGUCAGGGCCCGUACCUGGGCAAUUCGGACCGCUACGGAAACCUUCGAAACGUUCCGGGCCCCCAGGGGCCUCCCGUGGCCCCUCCAAGCCCAGCAAGUCUGGCCUGGGCGCAACGGACCCGGCACCAACCCGCAAGCCUGGCUCUCCGCAAGCAAGAGGAAGAGGAGAGCCAGCGCUGCAAAGUGCUCUCUGACAGCUAUGAGCUCUCCACAGACCUACAGGACAAGAAGGUGGAGAUGCUGGAGAGGAAGUAUGGUGGCUACUUCCUGAGCAGACGAGCGGCACGCACCAUACAGACGGCGUUCCGGCAGUAUCGCAUGAACAAGAACUUUCAGCGGCUGCGCAGCUCUGCCUCUGAAAGUCGCAUGACACGCCGGAUCAUCCUGUCGAACAUGCGUUCGCAGUACUCGUUUGACGAAAGACAACCACAGGUUCAGCCCCAGACUCCACAACAGCAGCAUGAUCGAUACGGCAGUCAUCACCUGUCAUCUAUGGGCACAGCGGGCCAACCAGGAACUCCAGACACGCAGCAAGAGUCUGAUUCACCUGCCCACUGUCCUUCAGACAGAGAGGAAUACUCACAUACGGAUGACGCCUUCAACAAACAGGUGACAUCUUUGGCUGACUCAAUGGACGACACUUUGACAUGUCAGUCAAGUCGAGGGGAUUCUCAGGAUGGUGGUGGGGGGGCCGGAGAGGAGAGUGAGGAUUUCGGCGAGUGCGUGUGGAGCAACAAACCUACCCCACGCAGGGGGAACUUGGGGGAACAGGAGCGACUGAGGGUAAUGCACGAAGACAGCAGUGCCACCUCGUACAGCGAUGUCACGCUUUACAUGGACGACGGGAUGCCGUGUUCGCCGCUGUCCAUUGACCGAGUGCCCUCUAGCACGGACACGGAGUACUGGGGCGUCAGCAGCGGGGUCGGAGGUCGCGAGGACAGCCGGGACACGGAGGUCGGCGGCAGCAAUAACAGCCGGCGAAGCACACCGUGCACUGAAUGCCGGGAUUACCGUUUACGUGGGUCACACCUCCCUGUUCUCACUAUAGAGCCGCCCAGCGACAGCUCCGUCGACCUGAGCGACCGCUCCGAUCGUGGCUCUCUCAGCAGACAGCUGCUUUACGAGCAAGAACCCACGGGUGCUGGGUCACCCCAAGGAACUCUUAAACACAACCCCGUCCCUCGCUCACCCAAUCCCUGCACGGCACAGGCACAGGGCCAGGCACGACCGUCGGGCCGCCCGAUUCCAUCACCUCUCCCCACGCAUCUACCACAUCAUGCUAUGAUGCACCAACAUCACCACCCGCACCCUUACCAUCCAAUUCACCACCACCCUGUACCACACAUCCAUCACCCGUACGCAGACCCCACGUCCCCCUCACCCACCCAGCCUCCACUUACGCCGCUAUCUUCCUCAUCCUCUGCGCCGCUGCCCCCUACUGGCCUGGAGCAUUCAGAUGGGGACAACGACUCGCUGAACUCCACCACCAACUCUAAUGAGACCAUCAACUGCAGCUCAGGCUCCUCAUCCAGAGACAGUCUGAGAGAGCCGUUGCCUCCGCUGGGAAAACAGACCUAUCAGAGAGAAAGCAGGCACAGCUGGGACUCGCCCGCUUUUAACAAUGAUGUGGUGCAGAGGAGGCAAUACCGCAUUGGACUCAACCUCUUUAACAAGAAACCAGAAAAGGGGAUCCAGUAUUUGAUAGAGAGGGGUUUUGUAUCAGACACACCGGUGGGCAUCGCGCGCUUCAUUCUAGAGAGAAAAGGUUUAAGUAGGCAGAUGAUCGGGGAGUUUCUGGGAAACCGACAAAAACAGUUCAACAAGGAUGUGUUAGACUGUGUGUUAGAUGAGAUGGAUUUCUCAGGCAUGGAUCUGGACGACGCGCUUAGGAAGUUUCAAGCUCAGAUUAAAGUUCAAGGAGAAGCACAGAAAGUCGAGAGAUUGGUUGAGGCUUUCAGUCAGAGAUACUGCGUGUGCAACCCAGCGCUCGUCCGUCAGUUUCAAAACCCAGACACCAUCUUCAUCCUGGCGUUUGCCAUCAUCCUUCUGAAUACAGACAUGUACAGCCCUAAUGUCAAAGCAGAGAGGAAGAUGAAACUGGAGGACUUCAUUAAAAACCUCAGAGGAGUGGAUAAUGGGCAAGAUAUUCCCAGGGAUUUGUUAGUCGGGAUCUACCAGCGCAUUCAGAAAUGGGAACUCAGGACAAAUGAUGACCACGUGUCUCAGGUUCAGGCUGUGGAGAGGGUCAUCGUGGGCAAGAAGCCUGUGCUUUCUUUGCCUCAUCGCAGGUUGGUGUGCUGUUGUCAGCUGUAUGAAGUCCCUGACCCUAAUCGACCGCAGCGGAGUGGAGUUCACCAGCGGGAAGUCUUCCUCUUUAAUGACCUGCUAGUGGUAACAAAGAUCUUCCAGAAGAAGAAGACUUCUGUGACGUACAGUUUCAGACAGUCUUUUCCCCUGGUGGAGAUGCAGGUUCAUAUGUUCCAGAACUCCUACUAUCCUCAUGGUAUUAGACUUACAUCAGCAAUGCCAGGCAGUGAGCGGAAAGUUCUGAUCGUGUUCAAUGCACCGAGUCAGCAGGAUCGAACGCGAUUCACCAGUGACCUGCGUGAGAGCAUCGCCGAGGUUCAGGAGAUGGAGAAAUAUCGGGUAGAAUCUGAGUUAGAGAAGCAGAAAGGUGUGAUGCGUACAGGACUCCUCAGUGGAGAGGGAGGCGGGGUCAGCGGGAUGAAGACCGAGGCUGUGAAUGGCACUAUGGGUAGACCCAGUCUGGAUGACACGUACACAGCAGGGGAGGGGCUUAAACGAACAGCUCUUAGCUCCUCACUGAGAGACCUCACUGAGACAGGAAAGCGAGGCCGUAGAAACAGCGUUGGCUCUUUGGAUAGUACCAUUGAAGGAUCCAUCAUUAACAGUCCUCAGCCACACCAACGGCUUCCCAUGGGAGGCGCUGUUCCUGGCUGCUAUGGGCUGGAAGACUACCGGCCUAAUCGCCCCAUCCUGAGCCCCGGAGUAGGGGUGGGGGGUGGGCCGGGGCAGCAUCACAACGCCGUAGGGAACAUGGGGGGAAUUCCUGGCAUCGGCGAUCGAGGUGGGGGGCCGGGGAGCAGUUCUGGAGGGAGCAAUUCAGGUUCCUUCCUGGGCUCCCUGUUCGGCAACAAACGAGGCAAACCUCCAGCUCCCCUUAUUCCCCCCGGGCCGCAUUACCCGGCCCCCGUGCCGCCUCCCACUACAGGAGGGCCGCCACCUCCAUCCCCCUCCGCCCUCAGCCAGUCAGACCCCGGUGGGCCGUCCAAAAUCCAAGCGCUGCACGCUCAGUACUGUCACAACAAUUUAGGUCAGCCUCCGCCUCCAUACCACCAUCAUCACCGAUAUCACAUGCAGGUAUCCGCCCCAGGCCAUCCACCCGCUACCCAGUAUACACUUCAGCGAGGGUCCCUUCCCCGACGCGGACCGCCCGCUCCCUCUCACGCCCAGCUCCAGCAGCAGCUAUCCCAUCAUGCUAUGCAGCAAUGCCGCUACGGCAACAUGGCCUGCACCCCUCCGCCUCUCUCCCCACAUUCACCCCAUUCCCCCACCGGCCCUUUCAGCUUCUACCACGCACACCUCAACACCAUACGCCACGUACGUACACCCGGUCCUACCGGCAAGCUUCCACUCACCCUGUCUCAUUCUCAGCCCCACCCACACGCCCACUCCCACGUUCACUCUCAUAUCCACAGCCAUCCCGGUCACGUCCACAGCCCGCACCCUCUACUACAUCACUCCGCCCAUCAACCUCACUUCGUAUUCUCCCCUCCCCCUCAGGCGCCAUCCGCCAUCACCGCUCGCCACAUACCCCAGGGCGCCAGCCAUUACGUACCACAGUACCCGCCCCUUUCCUCCAUCCCGCCCCCUCCUUCACACUCCCCAUUACCCCCUCCGUCCUCACCACAUACCCCACUCACUCCUCUCACCCCGCUCUCACCGCAUGCCCCGCAGCUUCCCGGGCCCAUGGGGGCCCAACCGGGCGGCCCAGGGGGUGGAAUAGGAAGCGGAGCCAGCAACAGCAGCACGGGCGGCAGCUCCAAAUCCAAACCUAUCAACCGCAUCAGCACGGUGGUGUGAGCCGCGGAAGAGGGCGCAGGGUCAGAGUCCCAACGCAGAAGAGCCGAAGCCCAGGCAAGAGGAAGCACACCAUACUCAGACUCUGUUACUUCCACAUACGCUUCCCUCAUGUGUAAAGCCUCAAGAUGUCGCAGGAGAGCGGGAACAUGGUCGGCUACAUGGUCAGUGUUAGCCAGAAUGGCAAAACACUCGCUGUUGGCAGCCAUUGCAGACAUUGGCCGCAUCAGCAUCUACUCUACUACUGAAGUUCUGAGAAGCCAAAAGUAAUGAAGGAAGAAAGUGGAGAAGCAUUGAAUUUGAUAUGUUUCGCUGCCAAAGGUGAAGCUUACGUGAGGAAGGGGGUGCCAAUGUAAAUCAAACUGAGAUUCUGGAUUUAAAUAGACCAAAUGUAACCCUGUAAAGGUGGAAUGCUGAGCUUUUCCGCUUUAAAAAGGAAGCAUGGACCAAACUGGACAGAUGACUGCAAAAUAAAGCAAAAAUUGGGACUUGAACUUAACUUUCAUUCGUAGUCUCUUUAAGUUUUCAUGUGUCUCAGAUGACAAUCAUUUCAGGGUCAGUCAGAAAACUAUUAAUACAUUCCUCAAAUUUUCAAAUCAGUUUCUUGUCAGAAGUAUAAAAAGGGCCAGAAUGCACUUUUUGAGGGAUGCCAAUAACAUUUUUGAGACAUGUCUUUAUAUCUUGUGAGUGGAGGAACAGGGUGUAGGGACGUUGUUAUUUUGAAAAUGCUUUUUGUUAUUCAUUGUCAGGUUUGUAACAGGUCGGCUAUUUCUUGCUUAAAUUUGCUGGUACCUUUAAAGAACUUCUUUGCUAGUUUAGGGUGGUUUAUGCUGGUUCGUGCUGGUUUGGCUAUGGUGGAUCAAGAUUCAGUAGCUAUGCUUCACCAACAAAAAUCCGGACGCAUCAGCAUCGUCUUGGUGCUUACGCUAGUUAAGAAAUCACCAUGCGAAACACUACAUUGCCUGUUUUCAAAAAGAUACUUGUGUAAACAUACAUUUUUUAAGACCUUGUGAUGUCACCAAACUCAGCCACCAAUCACUGAUCAGUACAUUUAACUCAGCACCACCCCUGUUGUUACCUCAGCUUGUGCAUUUCCCUCUUUUAUUCUGUCUAUAGCUGUUUAUACAAUCUCAUCUGACCAAUGAUACAUCUAUAUUUGGCAAUUCAUUACAUAACCUUAGUGCCUACAGUAAAGUCAUCGGUAGUUUGAGAUGAAUAAGGUUGUAAUGCAACUGGAUAUUUUCUCUGGACCACCUUCGGAUGAACAGGAUGAGGGCCACUGUAUUCCUACAGUUAGGUCUGGACUUGGUUUUGUACGGCGUCAAAACAAGGCAGUUGAAAUGUGCAGUUAUGAUAUCUUGAAUAUUAGAAAGAAAAGAACCACUGGAUUUGGGUGAUUUGUGGGUGGAUUUAUUACUAUUAUGAUGUCAAAUACUACUGAUAUAAUUCUUGCUAUUUUUGGUGUAAAAGCAACUACUAAUAUUAUGGAUGUGUUUUAGCGGAGUGCUGUGCCGAUUGUUUUUUAAGAGCUUUUUUUAGAAAGACAGACAGGUUAGAUUCCUCGUGUACAAAUUAAUGUUUAGCAAACUAAUUGGAAUGAUUUCAGGUAAAUGUUUUGCAGCAAGUUUGUAAAAUUAUAUUAUCUAUGUAAAAAACGUAUGAUCCAUGUAAGCGUCGUUGUUGCCAGAAGCCAUACACACUUACUUGAGCAGCUCGCUCUUUUAAUAUUGUGAAAUAAUGCCGAGUUGCAUGUCCAAUGUCAGUGGCCACUUAUUUUUUUAAAUGAAAGCGUUUAGGGACCUAUAUGCACACACACUUGUUCACAGUAAAAUAUCUUUAAAUGUGAAGAGUACACUUUUGCUGACAUUUUCUGAUUUUGCACAUCCACAAGUUAAAGUUCAUCAGUGCCUAGGAUCCAAAGGUUCAUUACCAUUUGCGUCCCUCCCUUUUUCACUUCCCUCCAUUGACACCCAAAAUAGGCCAGCACAGGAUCAUUCAUUGUAUUACAUUAAAUAUGUGAUUGUGUUGGGGCAGUUAUUUUUGUACUUUUAAAAUAUUAAUUAUACUUUCUAAUAUUUUUAAAAGUCCAACAAGGAUAAAAAUAUAUAUUUUAAAUUAUGAAUUUAUGCUGUCACAUUUUAUCAUUUUUAUUUUGUUUCGCCCACAUUUGAUGUGAUCGAUUGGAUUCCAGUACUUCAAAUCUUCCAGUAUUGCCCAUGGCUGGAAGAAACCAUAAAGCAGUCAUUUACCUUGUAAUGAAAUUUCUGUCAUAAUUUUUCACCCUCAUGUCUUCUAAAACGUUAUUUAUAGCAACAUUUCUGCUCUUUUGCCAAUAUUGAAAGUAAUUGAUGACCACUUGUGUCAAGCAAGAUUCUUAAGGGAGUUUUUUUGUGAAUAAUGAAUUUAAUUUUAGUUUUAUCAUACUGGUAUGAUCUUAUGAUUCAAAAGACAUGCUACAGUAUAAAAUGCAUAAGUCAUAUUUGCUAUACUUUUGACUUUAUGCUGUAAUGUAAAGUACUGUGCAAACGUCUUUGGCCACCAUCACCAGCUUUGUUGUCUUAGAAAAGUUUUAAUGUCCAUCCAUAUUUGUUUUUCACUCUUUUUUUAAGAUACAAACAGAAAAUACUGGAAAUAUGUACACAGAAUUUAAAAACAAAACAAUUUUUAGAACUAAAUGUCAGUCAGUUAGUAUUUAGUGUGACCUCUCUUGGCACGAAACACAUCUUGAGCUUUUUUGAGGAGACUGAAGUCCUAAAGUAAUUUGAUUAGAAUUAGAAAUUAGGAUUUAAUUUUAUUUAGAUUUAAGAGAUCUUGCAGUUUCCUGCUAUUGCUCAAGUAGAAGGGGAGUUUACCCUAAAUACUUGACACUUUUAGCUUAUAGUUUUAUAUUGUUUUUAAUACUACAUACACAUUUCCUGUAUUUUCUAAUUGUGUUCUAAUAAAGAGACUGAGAAAUAAUUAUUUAUGAUCACUAUACAAUUGCAAAGACAACAAAUCUAAAGGUAGCAUAGUGGCCUAAUGCUACGUACACACCAAACGCGGGGCAUCGCGUUACUCGCUCUAGAUUACUCGCGGGAUUUUACUUCGUGUCAUGCGAAUUUUUCGCUCGAGUUAAAAAUGUUCAAUUUGGGCGAAGACUCGUUUGAGGUGAAAAGCCAUCCGCAUCGCACCACGUGAGGACGCGUCUGAUCGCGUCUUUGCAUUGACUUAUUAUGUAAUCUACUCGUGCAAAUCGUUGAACUUGCGUCUGGUGUUAACCCACAGUAAUGCUACGUACACACCAAACGCAGGGCAGCGCGUUACUUGCUCUAGAUUACUCGCGGGAUUUAACUUCGUGUCAUGUGAAUUUUUCGCUCGAGUUGAAUAUUUUCAACUUGGGCGAAAACGCGUUUGAGGCAAAUAGCGCGUGUUUUUGCGGGCAACACUCCAAACAUAACGCGUCAUUCCCAUCGCCCCACGCAAGGACGCAUAUGAUCGCGUCUUUACAUUGACUUUGUAUGUAAUCUACUUGCGCGAAUCGUUGAACUCGCGUCUGGUGUUAACCCAUAGUAAUGCUACGUACACACCAAACACGGGGCAUUGCGUUACUCGCUCUAGAUUACUUGCGGGAUUUAACUUUGUGUCAUGCAAAUUUUUUGCUCGAGUUGAAUAUUUUCAGCUUGGGCGAAGACGCGUUUGAGGUGAAUAGUGCGUGUUUUCGCGGCCAACUCGCCGCCCAUAUCGCGUCAUUCACAUCGCCUCGCGCGAGGACGUGUCUGAUCGCGUCUUUGCAUUGACUUUGUAUGUAAUCUACUCGCGCAAAUCGUUGAACUCGCAUCUGGUGUGAACCCACAGUAAGACUUUUGCACAGUAUUGUAUAUUGUGUUUUUUUUUAAGCCUGGCAGUCCCUCCACAUUUAUUGCAUUGAGUUUCUGCUAAACUGCUGUUUCUGAAAAAACCUCAUGCAGGUUCAAAAUGACAUGAGGGUUAGUAAAUAGUGACAGCAUUUUCAUUUUUGAGUUUUGUCUUUUUAUGCUUAUGCCCUUGUAGACAGCGCUCUGAUUUCAUAAGCUACUACACGAUCUGAAUCUUAAGGACCAUUUCCUACAUUUCAUUCUUUCCUUUGGGUUUGCAGUGGGUUUAGCUUUUCUCUAGCUCUAAUGCUUUGCUCUUGUGCUUGUAUUAACAGUUCUGAGUGCUUGGGCAUGCUGAGCUCAAACACAGAUACAGCAGAGAUGUAUGAUGUUAAAAAAAUCAAUCCAGUGUUUUUUUCUAAACGUGUGUACUGGAUUCUAGACAUGCUAAUGUGUUGCGCCACUGUGCCCUGUGUUGCAUGUGUAUCUGCACUUAGCUGAAUGACGCUGUAUAAACCUGAAUGUAUAUAUUAGUUGAUAUAAACAUGCCAUAUUUACUCUGCACUGGACUGGGAAUCAAUAUGGGACUGGGCAUGGGAACAUGAACAAUUGUUUACAUUUUAAGGACUGGGGCGGGGGGCUCGGAACGAAUUGUAAUUGUAAAAUUGUAUCGGUAUGUGUGUGUAAGAGCAGUUCCUAUAUUUAAGAAGAAUUAAUUGUAUGAAAUUUUAUUUGUAUAUAUGUAUGAGGUUACAAUGCAAAACGAAUUCAGAGAGAUUAUGUGAUAAUUUAUUGCUCUCAUUCUAUAAAACAUGUUCUUGCUGUUGGAAA